AUGCGCCUCCACGUCCUUCAAACCCAGGGCAUUCCGCCCAACAGCAUUCUCUCAGUGAAGUCUGGUAGCUCGAGACGGCAGCAGCUGAUACCAUGUCAGGCGCCUUUCAAGCUCGAGCAGCCGCCCGUUCCUGUGGAGCUGGACGUACUGACCUGCAGGGCCAAAGGGCAUGAGGUUUGCUCGCCUGGUCCAUGCGAGAAGCUCCUGAAGGUCCCCAUGAGCAACGGCGGCAAGUCCAUGAGUGUUACCUUCCGUGUACGCAAAGUGGAUGGUGAGGAGGACGAGAGCUGCCACACCCCGAAGUUAAGCAGAAAGGACAAGGAAUCUGCCAUCGAAGCAUAUCUUGUCAAGCACGACCUGCACUCCUUCAUGAAAGAGGUGUUUCAGGGUCUCACUGCAGAGCAACCCGAGGAUCCGUUCCUCUACAUAGGGAGGUGCUUACAAGCUGCGGCUGCCAGGGAUGUUGGCUCGAAGGCUGAGCCGCCCGAGCCGCCUUCCGUUGCCUUCCAAGAGUCUGGUCCUGUGCUCAAGGCAGCCAGCCGCCCGAUUGCUCGAGAGCAACAAGCUUGCACGAUGCAGAGGCUGCGGCGGAAAGCGAGGGACGCCCUGUCCAAGGGGUACUUAGACGGGCGGCUGCAUUCUACGUUGUGCAGUCUUCCUGAAGAGCAUGAAGCGGAGUUGCUUCUGCAGACGCGAGAACCCGGCACAGCCCAAGCUCAGCACCUUCGUGCUGAAGCAAACGUGCAACUGCGGAGUUGCGAAGAGCCUGCUGCGGCGUCCGGUCAUCCUGUCAUUGCUGCACAGCGACACAGCAGUGCUGAAGCCGCGCUGUCGCCUGAACAAAGGCUGCGGCGGAAAGCACGUGAUGCCCUGUCCAAGGGGUACUUGGACGGGCGGCUGCAGUCUGCUUUGCGCGGCUUCGCUGAUGAGAGUGAAGCAGAUGCGUUGGAUGCAGAGCCUAGCGUCCCCGCAGCUCCAACUGUGACUCCUGCGCAGCCAAGUCAUGCUGCAGCAGAUGCGAAGCCGCCACUUUCAGCAGAACCUGGUGUCGCCCCAGCUGCGACUGUCAGUCCUGUACAGCAGCAUAGUACCCAAGCAGAUGCGAAGCCGCCACUUUCGGCAGAACCUGGUGUCGCCCCAGCUGCGACUGUCAGUUCUGAAGUGUUGAGGCCGUCUUCGCCAUCUCCAGCCGUGGCGCCAAGUCCGGAGCAGGCCUUGCAGAGCGGGCAGGUUGCGCCCUUCUCGGCUCGUCCGGCGGCCUCUGCCUGGGUACUGACGGAUGCUGAGGGCGAUGACACGCACAUCGAAACCCCGCGCCUGUCCAGGUUUGCGCCAAGCACAUUUCGCAGAAAGCCGUCAGCGCACAGCGAGUCGAGCGUUGUUUCUGAAGAUCUCCUGGACUUCAUGCCUGACAGGAGCAGCUGGCUGCUGAACGAGAACAAGGACCUGCAAAGCCCGGCGGUUCAAGCCAGCGUGGCCUCGAGAUGGAGCCACCGCAGCCUUGCGGCCGAGAAGCAUGCCUUGCAGGCCAUGCUGGCCGAGUUCACGCCACGCAUGUCCGACUUCAUACCAUCUUCCAAGGACUUGCCUUGCAAGCGGUCGUCGGAGCUCCUGCACCUGAGGCCAGAUGAACGUCCGUCAGCGAAUGACUUCACGCUGGAUCAGGUUGCAGAUCCAGACCUGCAAGCUUUUGUCCCGUUGCCGCACGACCCUGGCAGAAGUGGUGUACUUACCAACCGACCCCCUCGUGAACUCCUGUGGUCCGAAGGCAGUUCAGACGGGGUAGCGACGCCCCGCUUGACGCAGUUCAUGCCUUGCUAUCCGGGAGUUCGAUCCUGA